AUGAUUGCACAUAUCACUAAAAGAUCAUUCUCUUCAACUUUAAAAUCAACUUUAAAAGAUUCUUCAAAAGCUGCUGCUACUUUAGUUGAUUUACGUUCAUCAAAUAUAACAACAAAUUAUUCAAAUAAUAUUGGUAAUUCAUGGAAAUCAUUUGCUGAAUAUAGAAAAUCUGCAAUUCAACAUGGUCCAUUAAAAAAAAAUUUAUUAUUAAAAAAUAAUGAUAUUGAACCAAUUUUAACUGAAAAUAAAGAUUAUGGUGUUAGUCAAUCUUUUGCUGAAAAGGCAAGAUCAAUUAAUUAUCGUGUUUAA